AUGUUUGACACACCACGUGCCGAACUAGUUCCCACUUCCCGGCACACAGCCGUCGCUGGAUGGUUCUUCGGACCAAAGGCAGAGAACUUUUGCUAUCUGAAAGAGAGAAUCCGCAAGCUUUUAGAGGAGCAGCAUGAGUACAGGUCUUCUCUCUACAAAGAUGACCCCCCUUUCAUCACGGAGUCCAUGAAAGGAUCUGAACUGUACCAAAUGCAACUUCAGAGACUGGAUCAUGAGCUGGAGUGUAUUGGCGAAUGGCUCACCAAGCACUCUGUGCCCUUCUUUAGUCCACGGUACAACGCUCAUAUGAGCAUGGAGACUUCCAUGCCGUCACUGAUUGGCUAUAUACUUGGAUUGUUCCAGAACCAAAACAACGUAGCUCUCGAAGCUAGCCCGGUGACCUCAAUCAUUGAAGGUGAUGUGGGUAAACAGCUUUGCCGUAUGCUCGGAUAUCGUGCACCUCUCAAUACAGAUGCACCUGCCACUUCCCGAAGUGAAUCGGUGGACAAUACUCCUGAUGGCUGGGGACACAUCACAUGUGAUGGUUCUGUUGCGAACCUCGAAGCCAUUUGGGCAUUGCGGAAUCUCAAGUUCUAUCCGCUGUCCUUGAGUCUGGCAAUUACCAACGGCGACCUUAAGUUCUUGAAGGAUGUGAAAUUCGAAGUUGAACUCUCUAAUGGCAGUGUGAAGCGCUUUUUGGAUUGCACUUCCUGGGAGUUGCUGAACCUAAAGCCUUCUACAAUCCUUGAGUUUCCACAGCAGCUCUAUGAACAAUAUGGUGUAUCUCAGACAGCUUUGGCCAAGGCUCUCGAUCUUUACUCCGUGCAGACACUAGGAAAAAGAGCUCUUCUAGACGAGUUCAAGGUCGAAAAAGAACCUCAAUUUUUCGUUACCUCAACAAGACAUUAUUCAUGGCCUAAGGGCGCAGCUAUUGCUGGUAUUGGACGCAACAACAUGGUUGGGGUGUCUGUUGACGAAGAGGCACGGAUGUGUCAAAAAGACAUCGAACAUAAACUCUCGGCGGCCUACGCAGAUGGAAGGGCAGUGUAUGGCGUCGUCGCAAUCAUCGGGUCUACAGAGCAUGGAGCUAUAGACCCUCUACACCACAUUCUUAACCUGCGUGACGACUUCGCAAAAAAAGGAAUGUCAUUCGCGGUUCAUUGCGACGCGGCUUGGGGUGGCUAUUUCGCUUCAGUCCUACGGGAGCGACAAGACUACAGCACAUAUACUGGCGAUCCAGCAUAUGUACCGAGGAUGUGCAUGUCAGACUAUACUCUGCGCCAGCUUCAGAGUCUUCAACAUGCAGAUAGCAUCACGGUUGAUCCUCAUAAGUCCGGUUACUGCCCCUACCCUGCUGGUGGUCUCUGCUACAAAGACAAGAGAAUGCGCUACCUUGUGACAUGGACUAGUCCGGUUGUCUACCGUGAUAGUGACCAGGAGGAUAGUAUUGGUAUCUACGGGUUAGAAGGCAGUAAGCCAGGUGCAGCGGCCGUUGGAGUAUAUGUCUCUCACAACGUCUUGGGCCUUGACAAAGAUGGCUAUGGGCAGUUGUUAUCGGAAGCAAUAUUCACGUCAAAGAGGUUCUAUUGCCAAUGGGCAGCUAUGAAAACCAGAGAAAUUACUAUGGCAUUAAAGAACGAUGACAAGGUCAAGAUUGUGAACGCGAAGCUCCGCGUCACGCCUUUCAAUAUGCUUCCCACGGAGAGUUCUGGAGCAAGCAAUGAUGAUGUUGAGAAACAGAAAAGGUUUAUCCGAAGACACAUACUAAAACGCAGCAAUGAACAGAUUAUGGAGGACAAGUGUGCUCUGGAACUCUUUAAGAAGCUGGGCGCAGAUGUCACAAUCCAUACAUUCGCAUGCAAUUUUGAAGUGGAUGGAAGGGUGAACGAGGACAUUAACGAAGCAAACUACCUCAAUAGUCGGAUCUACCAACACUUGUCACUGUCUUCAAUUGCUGAUAACCCGGACACCUCGAAGAUACCUCUAUUCCUCACUUCUACUCAGAUGAGCCAAGCCUCCUAUGGACCCAGUCUAGAUCAGUUCAAGCGUAGGCUGGGACUGAAGGGUGAUGGAGACUUAUACGUCCUUAUUAACGUCACGAUGAGUCCGUGGCCGUCGGCUUACAACUUCGUCCAAGGUCUGGCUGAAAAGUUCAAAGAACAUGCGGAGGAAGCCAUGAAAGCUGCUGUACGCCGCAAUGUCGGAUUCCCUGACCUCCAUGGGUUUAUCAUCCAAGGAUAUCAGGGAGACCGCAUCUGCGGUGUUCAUCUGCCGAUGUUCAACAUGCAGAAUCAUAGGAAGCAGCUUGUCAUCUCCUGUACUUUGCCUCAGGAGGUGCAUCUGAAGCUCACCAAGUACAAGAACAAAGAUAAGGAUAUGUACUUCUCCUUUGGUAACCAGGAGCCGGAUAUACUGUCCGAUCUUAUAUCCAAGGGGUCAUUCAUAGGGGUAGUUCAAAAAGGUAUUCCGGGCAUGGAGGGAUACGAAAAAAUUGCAGAGAACGUCCAGAUCAGCGGUAUCGAAGUUCUUUUCGAGCGAUCCCUACAGGCUAAAGAUCAGCCCCGGGAAUAUCCAGCCAGAAUGCCUUUCAAGGUAUACUCUGCGCAGAGGUCGAAUGAACUAACGCCAAUCUAUAACAUAGACCAUAUUUUAUCCCGAGGACCUAACACGCAGCUUACUUCCGAAAUGGUGCAGAUUACAACCAAAAAAGAGGAAGAUGCCAAAUCCAUUACCGAAAGAGGCCAGUGGAUUGUUCUUCCGGAUGUCAACGAGCGGGAAAUGCAACCUCUCCUCCCCAAAGACGACAACCAACUGCGAUGGUUCAACUACACAAAGAACUUCCCGUUCAAACCUGGUCAGACUCUCAGGUUCCUGGCGUUCACCACACAGAAAGAGGCACUUGAAUAUGACCCAGACACGCAGGAUACCUCGAAGCCACUCUUCGGGGGCUCGGUGAUAUUGGGUCCCUGCUUUGCCAACUAUGGUAUGCUUAACGCCGACGGAGGCGCUGAGGCCGAGUCGGAAGAUACAUCAGAAUCGGCUCCCUGCGCUGGAAACGUCGCAAGCCUUAUGGCAGACCAUCCUCUGGCAUCACGUAUGCCUGAACUAAAGGAGAAACACCAGUGCCGGAAGAUCGGUACGCUCAAACAAGGCUUUAUGAAAAUCAAGCAACAGCAGGCAAUGGCUAUUAUCCCUCGCUGGGUGAGCAAGCUGGCUGAUCUUGGUGGAGAGAGUUAG